AGCAGCAAUUGAAUCCCGUCCUUCGUUUCCUCCAUCAUCGCGUCCCUCAACAUCUGCUGACGGCAUAAAAGACUAGGCUUUCCUUCACUCAUCCCACUUCCGAAUUCUUUCUUUCUCGUCGUAGACACAGCUCAUCACAAUGUCCGCCAAGUCGAUCUUCGAGGCCGAUGGCAAGGCCAUUCUCAACUACCACCUGACCCGUGCUCCUGUCAUCAAGCCGAGUCCUCUUCCUGCGCCCACCACUCACAACCCUCCUGCCAGACUCGCCUCACUGUCCUUCCCUGAGGAUGCUGCCGUUGAGGACGUCCUGAACCAGGCCGAGGUUACCUACCCCUGGCUCCUCCAGCCCGGUGCCAAGUUUGUUGCAAAGCCCGAUCAGCUCAUCAAGCGACGAGGCAAGAGCGGUCUGCUGGCCCUGAACAAGACUUGGCCCGAGGCCAAGGCCUGGGUUGCUGAGCGAGCUGGCAAGGAGCAGAAGGUCGAGCACACAUCUGGUGUUCUGCGACAGUUCCUGGUAGAGCCCUUUGUUCCUCACCCUCAAGACACAGAGUACUACAUCAACAUCAACUCAGUCCGCGAUGGAGACUGGAUUCUCUUCACCCACGAGGGUGGUGUUGACGUCGGUGAUGUCGACGCCAAGGCAGAGAAGCUCCUGAUCCCCGUGGAUCUCUCAGAGUACCCUUCCAACGAGGAGAUUGCCGCUGCCCUUCUCAAGAACAUUCCCUCUGGUCUUCACAAUGUCCUGGUUGACUUCAUUACUCGGCUGUACGCCGUCUAUGUGGACUGCCAGUUCACCUACCUCGAGAUCAACCCCUUGGUUGUGAUCCCCAACGAGGACAAGACCUCUGCUGCUGUCCACUUCCUGGAUCUUGCUGCCAAGCUCGACCAGACUGCCGACUUCGAGUGCGGUGUCAAGUGGGCUAUUGCCCGAUCUCCUGCUGCCCUUGGCCUCACCAACAUUGCUCCUGGUGGCGACAAGGUCAGCAUCGAUGCUGGUCCCCCAAUGGAGUUCCCUGCUCCCUUCGGCCGUGAGCUCUCCAAGGAGGAGGCUUUCAUCGCUGAGCUGGACGCCAAGACUGGUGCUUCUCUGAAGCUCACCGUUCUCAACCCUACCGGCCGUAUCUGGACUCUGGUUGCUGGUGGUGGUGCCUCCGUCGUCUAUGCCGACGCCAUUGCCUCAGCUGGCUUCGCUGACGAGCUGGCCAACUACGGUGAAUACUCUGGUGCUCCCACCGAGUCACAAACCUACCACUACGCCCGCACGGUCCUGGACCUGAUGCUGCGCGCUCCCAUGUCCGAUAAGGGCAAGGUCCUGUUCAUCGGCGGUGGUAUUGCCAACUUCACCAACGUCGCCAGCACCUUCAAGGGUGUCAUUCGCGCUCUCCGUGACGUCGCUCCUCAGCUGAUCGAGCACAACGUUCAGAUCUGGGUGCGUCGUGCCGGCCCCAACUACCAGGAGGGUCUGAAGAACAUGAAGUCUGCCACCGCCGAACUUGGCCUUAACGCCAAGAUCUUUGGCCCUGAGAUGCACGUCUCCGGUAUUGUUCCUCUGGCUCUCAUCCCCGGCAAGUGGGAGAGCAGCAACGUUGAGGAGUUCAAGGCUUAAGUGGGGGGAGUAAAACAUGGACCCAAAAGGGGGGUCAUAUUACGGACAACGAUAUAGCUACUUUUUAUCAGCUCAAGUUAAUAUUGUUGCGUUCUUGUAUUUUGCAAUCUAGACGGGAUGGUGGGGUUAAGCUUAUUUUGUUAUUUUAUAGCCUUGGGAAGACUUUCACAGAAGAAGAAGAAAAAAUGUGUGUGUCGAAGGAAGCACAAGGCUGGAUAAAGGGAAAGCGGAUGUCUGCGGGAGACGACACAAACGACACAAACAAACAUGAUAAUACAAAUUCAAUAUGAUAUCUCCAUGCCGUUUA